CCACUUCGUUAUUAGUUUAGUGUGCCAAAUAGUUCCUGUUCACUAAGAGUCUACUUCAGUCCAUGGGUGCGUCACAAGUUUCUGAUAUGAAGAUGAGGAAUCUUCUUUUCGGGCUUAUUUUUGGACUUCUUGCUGUUGUCCACUCAACACCUGUUGAUACUGUGACCCAGAUCCCCGCCAAAGCUGAGGAUGACUUCCUGAGAGAGGCUGUGACGGACGGCUUCCUCGUCGAACACCCUUUUACCCCCUCACGCACAACGGAAUCACCCAAAAGAAACACAACCGUUCAAGCAUCCCAGCAGCCGUCCACUGACUCCAAACAGGAUGACAUGAUUGAGGGCAGUGGGAAUGACUUCGAGUCCACGACCUCCAUUUUCCACAAGUUUGCAAGUACAACUCCGCAUGUGUCACACGCUCAGAGCUCCACCUCCACAGUGUUGCUAGGGAACACUGACAGCUCCAGUUCACAUUCAUCCACCACCCAAAGCCUUCAGUCCACCACUACGUCUACAUUAGGGCCAAAUGAAGCCCAGCCAAACGUCACCCCCGACCACAUCUCGCAUUCUCAAACUACUGACCCCGCUGUCUCCAGCUUUGGUUUCCUGAGCACCCACAGCUCUGAAUCAGGGUCUGGGGAUGGAGGGAUGCUUGGCCAUCAUUCCAGUACAACCACAAGUAUGACCUCUAGCUCCAGCACAGAAACUAGCGCUGCAUCAUCAAGCUCCACUGCUGCUUCUGUCACACCUAAGACUCCAGUAAUGUUUGCAGGAAAUGAAGGAUCAGGAUCAGGCGAAGGAUCGGGAUCAGGAAUGUACAGCACUACAGUGUCAACCACUACUGAAAUGCCAGAAAUGUUCAUUUUCAAAAAGAAUGCACGAAGUGGAUUAGGUGAAAAACCAGGGUCACCCGCCACUGAAAAGGGAGAAAUUUCAACAAUGCCUGAAGCUCCAGUCGGCGAUAAAGUUAUACAACCCAACCCAACCACAGAACCCACGAACAAAGGACACACUACACCAGGUUGGAUCAUCAUCCUUGGUUUUAUCGUUGGUCUUGCAGCACUGAUAAUGCUCUGCGUUGCCAUCGCCACCAGAGACAAGUGGAAUGGACCAAGCAAGGCAUCCAAGCUUGUGAGCAAAACUAACUCCUCAAACCAGCAGAGGGGGCUAGAGAUGGAGACAUUCCUGCACAAAGACCAGCCCAGGGAGAACGGAAAGGCGUCAGAGUACACAGUCAUCCCCCUGGAUGAGCUUCCAGAGAAAUGUUCAUCACACUGAGGUUCAGAAACGGAUCCUCUGGAGGCGUGAGACUCAUCACAGAACCACAAGAACGUAUUUAAAGCAGAUGAAUUUGAUCAGAGGAGCAAAACUAUUUGGGCUGUUGAGCAAAAGGUUUCUGUGGACUCUUACAGCUCUGAGCCAAGUCUGACCCAGAAUCUUGAUAUUCCUGCUGACUCUCAAAAACUCUAAUAUCUUUAAUCUGAAAUUACAUCAAUAUUUUGGUUGAUGCAUUUAUUGUCAUAUCAUCUCUUGCAUUAACUGUAAAAUAUAAAACUGGUCGGGUAUCAUCCACAAAUGCCAUUUAUUUCAAAACAAAGACGUUACAGUGUUUUAUUUUUUGUACAUAUUUAAUGUUUAAAGUUUUUUUUAUAAUGGAUGCAAGAAAAUGAUUCAGCGUCCAGUCUAAAGUGUCUUUGUUGUAUUAUUAUAUUAUUUUAAAUCUCCUUGUAAUAAUAUUAUUGAUGACUUGUGUUGUAACUUAUAUUAAGCUGCUCUGUUGUUACCCCCACAUUCAUUAAAGAAGCUCUGAGUGCUGAACAGUGCUCAGCCCACUAA